AUGAAAGAGACAGAUUCCCUUUGCGAAAUUGGCGAAAAGCUCCCACAUGUGCCAAUUGGGUAUACACCACGGCGUACGAUCCCUGGUCCUCGAUUAUUUGACAGAAUAAGCGGUGAUAUGGAAGGAUAUCAGCCGGAAGAUCUAAAAAUGGCAACACGUGAUAAAGAGUCAAUAUGUCCAUUCAUCCCAAUAGAAGACUCUGAAGUAAAUGAGUUGUAUAUUGAUCCAAACGAAUUUUCAUUCUUGAAUGUCGAGACGAAGUCGGGUUACUUUACACAUCGAGAGGUGCGAAUCUAUCAAUAUGUCGUAAACUCUAACAAUGACAACAUCAAUGUCACCAAUAUACAAAUUGAGCUCCGAUUAAACAAAAGUGGCCCAGAGCCGGUUGGCUAUGAAUUUACUUCCAUAGGAAAUACAAAAAAUUUGAAUUUGAAAAUUAGACCAUGGACAAUGGAAUUCUGGAAAAAGGAUUUCUGGAAACCGAAUCCAUGUGGACGUGCGCGUAUUGAUAUUCACAUCCCUGUCUUCCAACAAAAUAAUGAUAUCAAAAAUUCUACUAUCACCGGUACAGAAAACAGGAUUCCAUCAUUUUAUUUUGACGAAUGCAACGUAAAUGUGAUUCCACCAACAUGGAACUAUAAUCUGAACGAUGCAAAUGCUUAUCUGGCUUCAUCGAUAAAUAUCACUACAAAAAAUGGCGACAUUCAGUUAUGGGACCCAAUGGUCGAAUCAGCUUUACUAAAAACCUUGGAGAAUGGUAACAUUAAAGGAUAUGUUCGAAAAAUUAGUGAUUAUUUGGUGGUAAACGCAACGUAUGGUGAUAUCUCAGUAAAUAUUAAUGAGGUUCCAAAGAACGAUGGAAAUAACUCAUCGUCUAGCAUAGAACUCUUUUCGAAUACAGGCGAUAUUGUGGCAUACCUGAAUAAUUCAUUUAUUGGAGCAUUCAAUCUAACAGCCGGAUUAGGCGACGUGGUAUUUGUAAAUUCAACUCAGUCCUCAAUAAUAUUAAGCGGGCCAAAUGUUUCCGCUGCCGUACUUUGA